AUGAGUUCUAUUGGUACUGGGUAUGAUCUCGCCGCUUCAACAUUCUCUCCUGAUGGAAGAAUUUUCCAAAUUGAAUAUGCCCAAAAAGCCGUUGAUAAUGGUGGAACAAUGAUUGCCUUACGAGGAAAGAAUGGCGUCGUUACUGCAGUCGACAAACUAAUCAGCUCCAAAAUGUAUGUCGAGAAUGCUAACCCACGUAUGCUGAAUGCAAACGAAAAUAUUGGAAUGGCUAUAGCUGGAGUGUACCCUGACUGCCGGGCUCUUAAGGAUUACGCAUGCAGCCAAGCUGUGAGAUAUUUGGAAAGCUACAGACAAGCUAUGCCAAUCUCCAACUUAGUAGAUCAAGUUGCGGAGUACGUUCAUGUCUUCACUCUUGGUAUCAGCAGACCUUUUGGUGCUUCUAUUUUCUUCUCUUCUUGGAACAAAAAGGAAGGAGGGCAACUCUAUUUGGUAGAGCCCUCAGGCUUGAGCUUUGAGUACAAAGCUUGGUCCGUAGGAAAACACAGACAAGCAGCCAAGGCAGAAAUCGAGAAGCUAAAACUUGAAGAAAUGGAUGUUAAGGAUCUUGUCAAAGAAGCUGCCAGAAUCAUCAUGACCAUUCGUGAUGAGAAUAAGGACAAGGAUGUUCAGAUUGAAAUGGGAUGGGUAGGAGAACACACCAACGGAAAGCCACAGAGAGUUCCCCAUGAUGUUGUAGCAGAAGCGGAAGAGUGGGCUCGUGCUAAGUUAGAUGAGGAUGAUAUGGACGACUAA